AUGGGAGCUUUUAUUAAUAGAAUUUUAGAUUUUGGAGAUCGUUUUAAAAAGAACUUUAUUAUUGAACUAAAUAAUGAUAAAGAAUUAAAAGAAAAGAUUACUAAUAAUUUUUUAGUAAAAACAUUAGAUAAAUCAAGAGAUAUGUUAAGGAAUUUUGAAUUUAGUAUUUUUCAAACAACUUUUUUUAAUAUACAAUAUAUGAGCAGACCAGACUUUAAUAAACCAACUAGAUGUAAAUAUGAUAAUUUUAUAACAAGAUCUUAUGAUAACUAUAAAAUGUUAAACUACAUCAGAAAUAAUCAGAUAGUAAAUUUAAUGUUUGAUUUGUUUGAGUAUAAAGAGAUUAAAAAAGUUUUACCUGACACUGUUGAACGAUUAAAAGAGAUAAGAAGUGAUAUAAUGGAGAACAGAGAUCUUAAAGAAAAACUAAUAAAAGUUAGGGAUAUAAGAAAUGUUAGUAUAGAUAAUAUUACAGUUAAAAAUUUAAAGAAAACUAUUAUUAUGUCAUUUGAGUUAUCAGUUGAUUUAAUAGGAAAAAAUUCUAAAGGAGAGUUUAAAAGGUUUCCUAAAAACUAUUCUUGUUAUGUUAAUUUGAUUAAAUUAGGUAAUGAAUGGGUAGUAAAUUCAUUUAAUUUUAAUAAAUUUUAA